AUGUUCAAAAAAGAGGAUUUAGAGCAAGAGUACAAUGAUUAUGCAAACGGCAUCAUUGAUCCACGGGACUUCUAUAAAAUUCUGUACUACUUGUUCAAAAUAUUUCAAGUAAUUGACGGACCUAUCCCUAAAUAUACUUACAUCGUAAAGCUAAUACUGCUCUCUUUUGCUUUGUCUGCAUUCAGUUUGCUUUCGUUUUCUUUCUAUCAUGGAUGUGACACCUUCGAUAUACCCUUAAUGACAGAAGCUGGAACAUACAUUAUUCUUCUAUUGUAUAAACUGCUAAUUAUACAUUGUCUUAAACUUCAUCGUCUGGACUAUCAUAGCAUGCAACGCACAAUGAGAGAAGACUUUCGCUUUGCGUGUACUACCGGCGAAAAAUAUAGAAAGCGGUUUUUCGUACACCACAUCACAACACGUAAAAUUUACAAAAUGAUCGUAACCUUCAAUAUGUGCGUUGGUGUCGGAAUGAAUCUUGUGUCAGUAUUGUUUUUGCUCUACUAUUUGAUCACCAACAAAUCUGGACAAGGCAAAAGACCACUUCUAUUUCCUUUUUGGUACUAUGAUAUAGAUUUUACUAAGACGCCAGUGUACGAAAUUGCGUUCAUGUAUUCGAAUUUUGCUGUCCUUGCAUACGCAUUUAACUUUAAUUUUUAUAUCAGUACCCAAAUAGUUUGGAUGAGACAGAUAUGCUGCAAAGCUGACAUCGUUAUGUGGCACAUCGAAGAUGUAAUGCAUCAAAUACGACCAACGAGAAAUAAAAUGGAAAGGAAAGCUUUCGACAAUUUAAUACGACAACGAAUGAGGGACAUCGUAAAGCACCACAACUCGAUGGACCUCUUGAUGACUCAGUACGCCGGUGUUUACAGGAAGUUAUUGAGCUUCGAGCAGUUACUGUCUGCGCCUUUGGUUUGUUUCAGCGCUUAUUCUAUAUGCGAGAAAUGGGAAGAAUCGGGUGAAAUUAACGGAAUUCUGUUAAUUCUUAUGAUGGCUGCUAUUAUAUUGUUGUUUAUACCAAGUUAUCUCUGUACAACAUUAUCGCUUAAGGUUACUUCUAUAGCAUUUGCUUGUUGGAAUAUUCCUUUCUGGGACGCCAGUACUGUGAUUCGCCCUUAUCUGGUGCUUAUAAUGCAGAAAUCUCUCCAACCGCUCCCGUUAAAAGUUCCUGGAUUAGAGGAAUUCUCUAUGCUAACGUUCUCUAAUAAGAUGGCUUCUGCUUAUUCAUUCUUUAAUAUGCUAAGACAAGUAAACAGGAAGUAA